ACGCAUGCUGCGUAUUGAGCGUGCUUUAGGUUGACACGAUUGGGUAUUUGAAAGUCCAUAUAACUUAAUAACAGCAUCUACGAUGGUAAAGAUACUAUCCUUUCAGUCUGUAGUUUCUGUUAUACAACGUGAUUUGCCCUUCAUUUACAGGGUGAGCGGUAUAGCCUAUUACUACAGCAACGAUUUUUUUUACUGUCAACUUGCGCUACCAAGGUAGACUAGUAAUUUAUUUGCACAUUGUGCUUGUUGCGUAGUUGGCUUCUGUAAUCCUAACUGGCGGAUAAGCGUGGUAGCUUAUUACUAAACAAUGGCGCCCGUCACCUCCACUACUAGACCAUAUCACGUUAUCAUUUUCGGAGCCUCUGGUUUCACUGGGCAGUUUGUUGUGGAAGAGCUAGCCCGUUGUACCGCCGAGGGUCCGAGCGGACAUCUGACAUGGGCCUUGGCCGGGAGGAGCAGACCGCGGUUGGAGAAAGUUCUGAAUCAAGCCGCCGAGACGCUCAGUCAGCCGGAUCUGAGGACAGAGGUGGAGAUCAUUGUGGCUGAUGUCUCUGAGGCAGAGUCCCUGGCCAUCAUGUGCAAACAGGCAGUGGUGGUUCUCAACUGUGUGGGGCCAUACAGGUUCUAUGGGGAGCCAGUUGUGAAGGCCUGCAUAGAGAAUGGAACCCACUGUAUAGACAUUUGUGGAGAACCUCAGUUCCUGGAGCGGAUGCAGUUGGACUACCACAGCCAGGCUGUGGAUGCGGGCGUGUACGUGGUGGGCAGCUGUGGAGUGGACUCCAUCCCAGUAGACGUGGUGGGCAGCUGUGGAGUGGACUCCAUCCCAGUAGACGUGGUGGGCAGCUGUGGAGUGGACUCCAUCCCAGUAGACGUGGUGGGCAGCUGUGGAGUGGACUCCAUCCCAGUAGACGUGGUGGGCAGCUGUGGAGUGGACUCCAUCCCAGUAGACGUGGUGGGCAGCUGUGGAGUGGACUCCAUCCCAGUAGACGUGGUGGGCAGCUGUGGAGUGGACUCCAUCCCAGUAGACGUGGUGGGCAGCUGUGGAGUGGACUCCAUCCCAGUAGACGUGGUGGGCAGCUGUGGAGUGGACUCCAUCCCAGUAGACGUGGUGGGCAGCUGUGGAGUGGACUCCAUCCCAGUAGAUGUGGUGGGCAGCUGUGGAGUGGACUCCAUCCCAGAAGACGUGGUGGGCAGCUGUGGAGUGGACUCCAUCCCAGUAGACGUGGUGGGCAGCUGUGGAGUGGACUCCAUCCCAGUAGACGUGGUGGGCAGCUGUGGAGUGGACUCCAUCCCAGUAGACGUGGUGGGCAGCUGUGGAGUGGACUCCAUCCCAGUAGACGUGGUGGGCAGCUGUGGAGUGGACUCCAUCCCAGUAGACGUGGGGAUACUGUACACUCGGGACCAGUUCAAAGGAACUCUGUCGGCCGUGGAAAGCUUUCUGACUAUCCACACCGGCCCAGAGGGCGGUUGUAUCCACGAUGGGACCUGGCAGUCAGCCGUCUACGGCUUUGCAGACAGAGCUUAUCUGAAGAUGCUGAGGAGGAGGUUUGGCCACCAGCCUCUUCCUGUGGUAGGGGCCAGAGUCAAGAACAGGGGUAGCCUGUUCUUCAGUAAGGAGGUAGAGCAGUACGCCGUCCCGUUCCUGGGCUCUGACGCCUCGGUGGUCAGGAGGAGCCAGCGGUUCCUCUACGAGGAGCACCAGCAGUCUCCUGUACAGUACAGUGCUUAUGUAGGGAUUGGAGGCAUUGGCAGUGUGGUGAAGAUGUUCUGUGGCGGCAUGUUGUUCUGGUUCAUGGUCAAAUUCGGCCUGGGAAGAAAACUACUCAUUACGUUCCCAGGAUUUUUCUCCUUUGGGUUGUUCACGAGUGCUGGCCCUACAAAGAAACAGAUGGAAGGAACCUCUUUUUCUCUGAUGUUUUAUGGGGAAGGUUACGGGGACGGACUGGAACCUUUUCCAGGACAACCCAACGCUAAGAUCAUCACUCAGAUCAAAGGAGCAGAGCCUGGCUACGUUGCCACCCCGGCUGCCAUGGUUCAGGCAGCCAUCACGUUACUGAACGAACCCCAUUCUCUUCCCAUGGGAGGAGGAGUGUACAGUCCGGGAGCUGCGUUUGCCAAGACAACUCUCAUUGACCGUCUCAACAGACAUGGCCUCAAGUUCUCAGUCAAGACUAGCUGAUUGUCUCCACUCCAGAAACCCUGCUUACAGGGCUGUCCAACCCUGCUCCUGAAGAUCUACACUCCAACCCUGCUCCUGAAGAUCCACCCUCCUACACUCCAACCCUGCUAAACCUGUAGGAGGGUAAAUCUCCAGGCCCAGGUUUGGAGUGUAAACCCACAGGAGGUUAGAUCUCCAGUGGAUAGCCAUGCCCUAAAGUAUUGGUCCUUAUAGUUUGAUGGAACAUGUAUUUUCAGUGUUAUGUUGUUAUAGACUGAAGGGAAUACUAUAUCAAUUACAGGUUAAAAUGUAUAAACAUAAAUAUAGUCAUAUUUAGAAGUUUCCCUUCAAUUUUGACAGUUGCGUCUGUGAAUGUUGCUAGUUCAAUCUGACGUUGGUAGGUUUAUGCCCUAUUUAAUUAUAAUAAAUCACGUUAUGACUUUAAAUCUGACUAUAAAAAGUUCUGUAAUGUAUCUGUUCACAAUGUCAGUUGUACAUAAAUAGAAAGUUCCUGUUCCUGGUGUUUAUACUUGUGAAUUAGUCCUUGACCCAGAUCAGAGCACUCCAGCUUCCAGGAAGAGCAGUCUGAGUGGUCUGGGGACUGGCAGGAACACUUCACACCAGGCAUGUGUGUGAUUAGGGGUUUAUCUUUUCAACACUCAGAGUGAACUUAAGAAAUCUUAUUAAGGAGCUUUGUAUAAAUGUCCUGUUUGGUUUUGCAGUGCUUUUGGCUGGGCCUGAAUGAGCAACAUAUUAAGUGAGAUAUAUUUUGGGAAAUAUAGGUUGUUGUGGAUAUUUAUAA